AUGGCUCCGUCAACUUUCCACGCCUUUGCCCGACUUCCCUGUGAGCUCCGGCUUCACAUCUGGCAGCUUGCGCUUCGACCCCGGCACGCCGGCGGUCUGCACCACUUCUUCCUCGACGGCGAAGGAAACAAGGACAGUAUGGACCCGAGCCUAUACGUCGGCGUAGACGGCCAGCCUGGAGGAAGCAGUUCCGCUAGACGAGAUGUUGUCUUGAACAUAGGUCGCCUGCAGAGCAACUCCUCCGUCAUGCCCGGCAAGGGCUCCGUGUACUACUGGGAUGCCGGCCUCUGGACAGCCUGCCGAGAAUCAAGAUACGUCAUAGAGAGGCGCUCCAAAUCAGACCGCGAGCACAAGACGGAGCACUACUCGCUUCUUCGCCGGGAAAGGAUCGGGUGCCGCCGGCCGGCCUUCGCAACGGUACGACAGGGCGGCACGGCGUGGAAUCUCAUGGUCCAGCCGCACAGAGACCUCUUUUGCUUCCAUGUCCAGGGCUGGGACACGGGCUUUAUCCUGCCGCAUCCUUCGACCCUGCGGGCCUUUGAGCAUCCCGUCUGCGGGCGUCGGGGACUUGGGCCCGAGGACGCGCAGCGGACGUCUGUCCAGCAUUUUGCCCUGGAGUUCGACGCGCGCUGGAACGAAAACUGGCCCGGGAGUCCUGACGAGCUUAUGAGGGAGGCGAGCCCGCGCGGCUUCAUCGCUCGCCUGAUACUGCGGGCUGUGCUGACGGAAGUCGGCUUCUUCAUUUGGCUGAUUGACCGCGGCGCUCCCGUGCCAAAGGGGCCGCUGCUCGAGGACACGCGCGGCCAGGUCUUUUACGACAUGGACGCCGAGUACGUCGAGGUGCCCCAGUGGAGUGCUGGGGAGUCGUCCUACUUUAUUGACAACAUAAGCCUAAGUCUCGGGGAUUGGUACCAGUUCAGGGGGGAGGACGUACCUCAUGUUGGUGACUCGUUCGAGUUGAGCUGGAGUUUUGACACGGAGGCGUAUAUUGGGAUUCUUAAACGGAGGGAGAAGGACUGA